AUGCGCGGCAUCGAAGAAGACGAAGAUCUCCCACAUCUGUGGCAGAAGCCUGCCUAUUCAGUCAUUUUGGAGGCUCUAGAAAAACUUAGGGUCGAGCCGCCUGUUUGGGGAGCAAAGGUCUCUCGAUCAGAGAUCAUCAAACAACAGGCCGCUGUUCAUACUGCUCAUGAGCGCAAGGAGGCUAUUGCUUUUCUGUCUUCGAUCAUCAAGAGUGGGCUAUCAUGGCUGGGGGACGACGAUGAGAGGGAGGUGAUUUGGGAAGAGGCCAGCAAGCGCAUGUCAGAGCGCUGCGGGCGAACAGCUAUGGGCGAGAUCAUUAGGAGCUGGCCCUUUGAGAACCCCGAUUAUGGUUCAUUCAGCCUCACUAUCAGAGAACCGCCACUAACGGGAGACUCUCUCGGCUUAAAGACAUGGGGCUCGUCGUACGCACUAGCCCAGAGACUUCACGAGUUCGCCUCUGGCCCUCUGGCACAUUUGGUUCGCUCUUCUCAAAAGACAGAGGAGGUUCUCGAGCUUGGGUCUGGAACUGGCUUACUCGGCUUAGCCGCAGCGUCUAUCUGGAGGAAAACCGUCUACCUUACCGAUCUCCCCGAAAUCAUGUCCAACCUCGAGCAUAACGCUUCACUCAACCGCGCUCUCGUAGAAGAACGUGGAGGCAGAGUUGAAGCUGCUCCUUUGAUGUGGGGUGGCAGCGAAGAAGAGGUCGACCCGAGGUUUCGAUCAGGAAAACGGUUCGAGCUCAUCAUCGUUGCUGACCCAUUAUACGACGAUGAUCACCCCGCUCUGUUGGCCAGUGCCAUAGACGAGCAGCUUGCUCUCAAUCCAGAUGCUCGUGUACUGGUUAUGGUGCCGCAAAGAGACGAGAUCACCAAAGGUCUUUGCAGGACGUUGAGGGCCGAGCUCGGCAGACACACCAAUCCGUUGAUUUGUCACCAUGAGAAUAUUGUAGAUGGUGAGGACGACUGGGGCGAUGGGAACAACGACGACUCACAGCAAGUUGGCUUCUGGUGGGGAAUUUUGGGGAGAAGUUCUUAA